AUGCAACUUGUGAGGAAUCUUACUUCGACUCUAAAUCGAAUCUUCUUCAAUUGCAAGACUCAUUCGCUGAGCCGAAACCAGACGCACUCAACACUAUCAAUCACCUGCUGUUCCGGAUCUAGUCGCGCUUUGCCAAAAAUCAGCUUACCGAAAUUCACGGGCAACUAUUAUGACUGGCCAGCGUUCCGAGAUCUCUUCUCAUCGAUGGUCGUGUCCAAUCAAGAUCUCUCUCCCGUGGAAAAAUUGCAUUAUCUACGAAGCCAGGUUUCGAGUGAAGCGUCGCGACUCAUUGCAAAUAUAUCGAUUACGUCUGAUAACUUUCCUCGCGCAUGGGAAUCGCUCACUUCGCGAUACGAAAAUAAGCGCGCUAUUGUUUCUUCGAACCUUGAUCGAAUCUUCGACUUGAAACCGCUCACGCAAGCUACAAGUAGCGAUCUCAAGCACCUUCUUUCUACGAUCAAGGAAUCUCUCGGGUCUCUAGCUGCUCUCCACGUUCCCGUUGAAAGCUGGGACUCGAUUCUCGUCCACUUCGUCACUCGAAGAUUGGACCCCACCAUUCUCGAAGCAUGGGAAAUUCACCUCGGUGAGUCCACGGAGCUAGCUACAUUCUCUCAACUGGAGGUCUUUCUCGAAGGGCGCAUUCGCGCUCUCGAGGCUAUCAGUUCUCGCAAUUCCGCCUCCAAGUUAACUGCUCCGAAAGCAGGCUCAAAAUCUAAGCCUGUUCGUAUUCACUCAGCUGCAAUAACCAAAUCGGGAUGCUCCUGUUGCUCAGCUUCGCACUAUAUCGCCUCAUGCUCAGAGUUUGCGUCCAAAUCUCUUGACGAUCGUCGGAAAUUCGUUGAGACAAAAAAUCUGUGCUUCAACUGCCUCGGAAAUCAUCGUUUUGCAGAUUGUCGCUGUCUCAAACGAUGUCGCCUGUGCAAGGCUCAACAUCAUACUCUGCUUCAUCGGGAGACAACAUUCACACCAUCAGUUCCAUUUCUUUCAUCAUCGAGUUCGCCUUCCUCUUCAGUAGUAAGUGUCGAGAAACCAACCGCCGUAGCUCACUUCGUUUCAUCUGGAGUCGAUCAUUCCGAGCGACAAACUCUGCUCGCCACAGCUCAGGUUCGUCUCUUGGUUGAUGAAUCACGAAGUCUCGUACUUCGCGCACUCUUGGAUCAGGGUUCAGAAAUCUCAUUGAUUAGUGAAUCUAUCGUUCAAUUAAUGCGUCUUUCGCGCAGUCGAUCGUCGCUGAACAUCGCUGGAGUCGGUGCUCACAAAGUCGGAUCUGUCCGGGGAGUGGUUUCCGUGCAACUUCAUUCGUGUGUCGACCCAUCAUCAUUCUUUACGGCAACUGCUUAUAUCCUACCUCAGUUGACAGGUAAAAUACCAUCGGAGCCAAUCAACACUUCUUCAUGGGACCAUCUUGAGGGACUACCAUUCGCCGAUCCAGACUUUGCGACGCCAGCUCAGAUAGAUAUCAUCCUCGGAGCUGACAUCUAUGGACAUCUUCUUCGUGAUGAGCUCCGCAAGGGACCAUCCAAUGCUCCUGUCGCUCAGCACACUACACUUGGUUGGAUCGUCUCUGGAUCAACCUCGCAAAAAUACAGCCAAAUCCACCAAGUGACGACCGUAUCGCUUUCCUCCGACGAAGAACUUAGUCUCAAUGACUCCUUGCAAAGGUUCUGGACUCAGGAGGACAUUCCGUCAUCGACUCACGCGAGGCUCCACGCAGAUGAACAAGCGUGCGAAGAGCACUUUCGCACAACUCACUCUCGUGAUCCAACUGGACGCUAUAUUGUCAGGCUGCCGUUCCGGUCUGAUAUCGGAUGCCUGGGGGAUACUCGCCAGGCUGCGGAGCAAUCCAUGUGA